AAGGAAAGGUUUUUGAUGUAAACAAUUCCAUUGCACCAGCUUCUUCAUCUGUUCGCACCACUUUAACUUUUAAAAACACGCAUUGAGAUUUGUCCAUUUAAAAAGCACAAACGUUAAAACUGUUUACACUAUAAAAACUGAGUGUUCAUAAAGAAAAUGCAUUAAAAUAAUAUGGAAAGCACUCAUUUGCAAAACCAGCUGUUUUGCACAGCUAAAAAUAACUGGAAGCGGAUGAGGCCGGAAGCCAGACCUAUAAAAUGUACAAAUGAGAAAAAUAAGUUGAAUAUAGUCACUGUUGAAAAGUACCUGUUCCGACCAGUAGGUGGCGCUGCAGGCAUCAAUAAAGCGUUACUGAUGACUGCUGAGACCUGAUGACCUGUUUAAAUUCUCUACUGUGCACACUUUGCAAUAUGAACUUCUAAAUCUAUAUUUUAAGGUAAAAUUAGUGUAAUAAAUUAUGAAUAUUUAAGUUAUUAAUGCAUUUAAACAUUUUGUUUUGUUUCUAUAACCCUAGCAAAACCCCUUCCUUGUCUUGUCUUUUUAAAAGCUGUGCUGCUGUAUCUAAACAGUUCUAGAUGACUGACCUGUGGUUUGGCACCGUUUUCUACACAACACCCCACACAUCCUGAUCUCACCCAGAAUUUGAUCUGAGGACAUCGUUUUAGAUUUAAUUAUUUUACAUUAUAGUAGCCCUAGAAUACAACUGCAUGAAAUGUGGUACUGCUUUAAUAUUUUAAACAUUUUAAAGUCAUUUUUAAGUCGUUAUGUAAUUAUUUGGACAUGAUCAUGACUCACACAUAUAUCAAGAUUCAGCAUAUGAACCUCGACCCCAUUGUUGAGGUUCAUACAUUAGAGUUUAUACUUGACUUAGUGGGGCCCAGGUCAGGAAGCAGACAGACUGGCUAAACCGACCGUCUGCUAGCUGCCUCCCGUCACAGAGGUCAGUUAAUUCUCAGCACAUAGAGACUCUUUCACUUAGAUAUCACACUAUAGAGACUGUGUCUGUUCCCUGAACUAGAAAAUACAAAAAAAACAUUACAUUACAUUAUUUUAAAACGAGUCCACCCCCCAAGAUUACUGUUAUAAACAUGAGCCACGUCCAAAAGGUCAUAGGGAAAGGUGUUGCUUCAUUUUAUAAGAAUAUUUUCAUACAAAUAAUUAUAAAAAAUAUAAUUAUAAAAAAUAAUUAUAAAAAAUUUACUGAACAUUUGUGUAAUGGCAACGACAUGUGUUGACUACUGAGCGGUGAUUGCAGUCAGGUACAAAGCACUGCACCAUGUUGCUGAUGCAAUCGUUAACCUCUUUCAAACACGCACACAAUAUAUAAAAUACACGAUGAUAAAUAUAAAAAUCAAUACACGAAACCUAUAUAAAACACUAUUUAUUUACACGAUUAAUACUGAAAGAGCUGCUUUUACUGCAUAUUUACUAUAUAAAAUAAAAUUCACUGGAGGAAAAAGUUUGUGCGGCCGUCGUCAGAUUUGGAAGUCACUCAAAAGGCUCGUUCGCGGCUGUGGGAUUCAGUCAAAUUCAGUGAGGCGCGGUGGUUUAUGGGAUGAGUAGUUCCUUCGCUCGAAAUUAAAAUAUGUACACAGUCUUGUACCUUUGACUUUUUUUGGAUUUUCUAUUACUUUUUUCACUCAAAAUAAUAUGUUACAUUAUCACUUGAGCUUAUAUGUAAGCUUAUAUGAGUUCAGCCAUAGCUGGUUAUCCUCACACAUGCUCUAAAACUCUUUAGAUAAGGAUUUUUUCGAAAGUCAAUUGGGAGAAAUGAAUGGGAAAUUUACUUCCGGCACCAAAGCUCUCUCGGGCUGUGGGCGGGACUGUGAUGCUCUAUAGACGAGUUUCCUAUGUGAAAUAGGCGGGCCGCCAUUAUCCUUUCACUCUGCCAACGUCUUCCGGUUGUGUCUGCCGAUAAUUUCCGGUUAGCGAGUUAGCGUCUUUUACUGUCUUUGGUUAGCGUGCAGAAAAAGUAAAUUAUGGAUGGUGUUACACGCCGACACGGCUCCGGGACAUAUUGUGCUGUUCGCGGUUGCAACAACUCGUGGCGAUUGCUGAAUGUUUGGUCGGAAGGAGAAUGUUUCUACCAUCAACCAUCUACAAGGCGCCAAUGUCGAUGUGCUCCCCUGUAUGCGUUGUAUGAGAAACCAAAAACAGAUGUUGAAUCUCGGAAGUGGCUAGCGGCUUUGAAGUUGAAGAAUCCGCCCAAAAGACUGUUUGUUUGUUCUUAUCACUUCAUUGAUAAAAAGCCCACAGAGGAAAACCCUUUCCCGGAACUUUGGUUGGGAUACGAGCGACCUCCCCAGCAAAAGAGACGUAAACUCGACAGAAACACAAGUGACACGCAAUCGGAUGCAGUGUGCAUCGAGCCGAAGUUUAAAGAUGCUGCAACACAAUGGGAGGACCUAACAAAAACUGACCACAGCUACGCGGCAAAGUUGGACCACGUGAACAAAUUGACGCAGACUGGGGGUCAGACUGUGGCUGAUGAUAUGCUCCUGGAUGAUGAUACCUCGCUGCUGUACACAGGACUGCGUCUGGUAUAUUUUUUUACUUUGGUGAAAACGAUGUUGCCAUUUAGUAAACCAUCAUGUAGUAUUCCUGUUGUUGACCAAAUACUGAUGACCCUCAUGAAACUUAAACUGAACCUUGUGUUAGGGGAUGUGGCAAAGCGCUUUAAAGUGUCUAAAGGUGAAGCAAGUAAGGUGAUUGCUCACUGGAUUGGUACAUUGGGUGAGCAGCUUGAACCCAUGGUUGCCUGGCUGCCAAGAAGUGUUAUACGUGCUAACAUGCCACCAUCCUUUAGAAAGAACCACCCCCAGACCACUUGCAUCAUCGAUUGUGCUGAAACGGCUAUUCAGAGAGCAACAAACCUUAACUGUAGGAGUGCCACUUUCAGUCAUUACAAGGGAACCAAUACUGCCAAAUAUCUUGUUGCUGUGUCACCUCAUGGGCUGAUAAUGUUUAUAUCAGAGGCCUAUGCUGGUAAAAGCAGUGACAAGUUUAUCACUAUGAACAGUGGGUUUCUGGAGGCCCUAAGGCCUGGUGAUGAAGUAAUGGCUGACAGGGGUUUCACGAUUCGAGAUGUACUACAUGAAAGGAAGGUGAAAUUGAAUAUUCCUGCCUUUACCCACAAGCGUGGUCAAUUGACCAAUGAGGAGGUAACGCGCACUAGACGAGUGGCCAAUGUCCGUAUACAUGUGGAGAGGGCAAUCCGAAGACUUAAAGUCUUCAAAAUUCUGUCCCAAACUGUCCCCAUCUCCAUGACCCCGCGGUUGGACAAGAUUCAUCCGACUGCCACAUGAGGUUUAGGUCCCUAUGAAAAGUAAAACCUGGUUUACCUGCAGUUUUUUUUUUUUUGUACAUAUUCCUUUUUUAUUUUAUAUAUAUACUUUCAGCUAGAAAAACCUGUGUAAAUUUAUUGUUCCCUUUCUGGUGUUGUGAUUAUUGAUAAGGCAACAAGUUUUAACUAAGAAAAACUUGUGAGUGCUAUUCUUUUUCACAUGAGGUUUAAGUCCCUAUGAAAAUCAAAACCUGGGUUACCUGCAGUUGUUUUUUUUUUUUUUUUAAAUUGUACAUAUUCCUUUAUUUUAUGUAUAUAUAUAAAUAUAAAUAAUUUCAGCUAGAAAAACCUGUGUACAUUUAUUGUUAUUGUUCCCUUUCUGGUGAUUUUUGAUAAGACAAAACAGAGUUUUAACUAAGAAAAACAUGUGAGUGCUAUU